AACAACACAAACUUCGUCUGUCUCCACAAAAGAAUCAGGAGCUCGAGCUAAGCUAGCCAAGCUAAAUUAAACUACUUGCUAAAGUUCGCGUGCCAUGGCAAAGAUCACCGUGUUCCUCUUCCUCCUGGUGGCGCUCGUCGUCGUCUCCGCCGCCGAGGCCAGCCCAGAGCCGCUCCCGGCGAGGAGGAGCAGGUUCUUGCUCACCAGCAGCUCAUUCUACAGCUGCUCCAAGAAGUCGGCCGCCGCCGUCUGCCUCGCGGUGGGGAGCCCCGGCGCGACGUGCUGCGGCGGGCGGUGCGUGGACACCGGCGCCAGCGGCGAACACUGCGGCGGCUGCAACAAGGCGUGCAAGCACGGGCGGAGCUGCUGCGGCGGGCGGUGCGUGGACCUGCUGUCCGACAGGGACAACUGCGGCAGCUGCUCCAACCAGUGCAGCAACAAGUGCACCUACGGCUUCUGCGACUACGCCUAGUAGAUGAUCCUCUGAAUCUGUCAGAAAUCUAUCAUCUAUCCAUCAUCUAUAGAUGAAUCGGAAUAGAGUAUAUGAGAGCUAGCCCUUUAGAGGCAGGAUUAAUUUCCAUUAUUAAAGAAAAAUACGAGUGCAUUCCCGGUCACCUGAACAAGUGGCAUAUAUGUAUGUGAGUGACACAACAUGUGCAUAGACGACGCAUUAAAAC